AGCCCCGCGCGUGCGCGGAGCGGCCCCGCGGCCGCCGCCGCUCGGGGUGACUUUGAGGCGGCGCCGUCGCCAUGCUGAGCCAGCUGCUGGGGCCGCGCUACGCGCAACUGCUGCGGACCUGGACCCCCACCCUGGCAACAUGGGGUGGUGUGGCUGGUGUUGGCGUGAUCUGGGCCACAGACUGGAAGCUGAUCUUGCAGUAUGUUCCCUACAUCAGCGGCAAGUUCAAAACUGAAGACUGAGCUUCCCUCUAAUGGAUUUUAUUGCUGAAGAGUGUCUGGAGCCAUCCGUCCAGGAGACCCUGCUGGGGUGACCCUGUAAUGCCCAGUACAGAUUCUGCAACAAGCUGUGGUCUGUCUGUCUGUCUGUCUCUCCCAUGAACAGCUGUGAGCAAAUUCACCCUCACUGACCACUUCCUCUGAACACUUUCCCAACACCUCUUGCCUUGAUGGGAAUGGUUUAUAAACCUGGUGUACAAAAUAAACCAAGUGAAUGAUUUCUGGGGG